CAUCUUACACCCGCAUCACCUGCAUGUGGCUUCCCAUUUCCCAGUUCUUUCUACCACAUUAGAUAUCUGUCUAUCUCGUCGUGUCGCCGAACACCUGCUCGCCUCGAAGCUAUGGAUGACCGCCCGUGUACUCGCAGCCCGCGUGACAGCUGCGACACCGCGAACAUUGCGGACGCCAUCUACGGCAUUCUCCCGUCACGCGGCGCAAGCUCAUCAGCAGCUGGCCCGGGCAAAAGAAGCCAGGACUCCAAAUCCGCAAAGCGCAAAGGCACUGCCGACUCAGACGACUACUUCCGCCCCAGCAUCUCGCUCAGCCGCUACAAUGCCCGCGGAUACUGGAUCACGACCCAGAGCAGCAAACGCGGCCGCCUACACCAGCAACCCUCACCCGAAGGCGAAAUGCAUCAGAGCACAUGCCUGAACCUGAGCACCGACAACAGCACCGAGUCCGAUCUAUGGAUCCUCCCCGAUUUCGACGAAUGGGAGCUCGAUACCGAGAGUCCCCAGCUGCAAGAGUCCCCAAGAAGAAGAGACGCCGAGUGGGCGCCCCUAGUCCAGCGCGCCGUGAACUCGAAUCGUGAGCGGCUGAGGCGAAGGCUGGAGGGCGACGGAUGGGACUUCGUGGGUGGAAAGUACGGCGAGGAUGGCAAGGCGUUGAAGGAGGUGGACAGCGUGAGCGAGGAGAGCGUGGACGACGAGUUUGACGUUGUUGUUUUGCCUGUGGUGCACGUUUCUUGUUAGGGAGCGCUUGUCUGUUCUUUGCCUCCACAAUACCCUUUCAUUCGCUUAUACUAUCUCAUUGCUACCGUCUCCUACUCUCGAUGAUACCCCAACAGCCUGUACUACCACCAGUCUAUGUAACACUUCCCGUACCAAGACAUGUAUCACUCUUUUCCCAACAAUCUUCCUAAUCACUCAGACGACCAUUUUCGUUCCGAAGGCUU